AUGUCUGGCGAUCUCAAACCACCACUCACUAAUCAUCCUAUGCCUCCGACUUCAUAUCAUCAUCAACCUCCGCCCUUGACUUCAGCUCCAGCACCGCAUCUCCAUUCGUCGGCAUCUUCGAAUUAUCAUCAUCCUUCACAACACCAUCAUCAACCACACCAACCUCCUCCUCCACAAACUUCUUUGGACCCGUCGACUAGCUAUGGUCCAGGCUCAGCUCACUCUUACAGCUCGAACACGCUCGUCAAGCAGCAGCAAAUGAGCCCCGUCAGUCUCUCCCAUUCUCAUCCUUCACAUCAUUCCCAUUCACUUUCUCAUUCAUCGCAUCAUUCUUCCAUGCCAUUGACCACAAUACAACCUCAACCCACAAUGAAUGACAACAUGGGAAAUAUGACCCCAAUCUCGAAGAGCAAACCUGGUUCAACUGGAUCUGGAGAAGGUAAAGCGAAACCUCAUCUGUGUACCAUUUGCAAUCGUGGAUUCACCACUGGAGGUCAUCUCCAACGUCAUCAACGGAUACAUACGGGAGUCAAGGCGUUCAAAUGUCCUUUCCCGGGAUGUGAGACCAGGACGUCGAGGCAGGACAAUCUUCAGCAGCACUAUCGGACGCAUCUCUCACCAAGUCUGCGUAGAGGUUCUGGCUCUGAAGCUCGAGCUGCUGUCAAUCAAGCCAUGGAAGCGGCUGGACUGAAAUCCAUGAGCACCAGGGCUCCUCGUAAAUCGAAGAGUUCUACCAAUACUCCUUCUUCGAAUACUUCCGCCGGCACGUCUCAACACAUUCCAUCCCCUUACGCGACUCCCACUUCUCAAAACGGACACUAUGGCUAUCAUCAAAUGUACGAACCUCAACCAUACGCCUAUCCACUACAUCACCCUCCUCCUCCUUCCAUGAGCUUGGGCAACACGGCUCAGACGUCUGCGACUUCUUCUCGUGGACCUUCUCCUACUAACGGCCACUCGUCAGGCCAGUCCAGUGUCAGCUCGAUCCCUAACGCUCAUCACCCUCAUGGAUCAUACUAUCCUCAACCGUUCACUCCCAACUACCCUUACUACCCCGCUGCAUAUCGCUAUUCUGCUCCUGGACAAGGACACAUGAUGCCAUACGGCGCUGGACAUCCUCCUCCAGCUCCCCCUCCACACAUCUAUUCACCUGGCAUAGCCAGCGAGCAUCCUGGAACUGUACCCGGAGGACACAUGUAUUCUCCGAUGGGGAGUAGCUUUCAAGCACACUCGAGAGAAUCAUCCUAUGGAGGCAUGAUGCCUGGAUAUCCCGCACCGGGCCCAUCGCCCGUCGCGAAUGGAUAUCCUCGCCACGGCUCCGCAAGUUCACUCCUGCAUCAAGCUCCAGGAGCAGGGAGUGGCAUCGGGGCGGGCGGUCCCGCUGGACCUUCUUCCGAUAGAGGUCGAUAUUCUCCCACUCGACGUCGAUCGCCUCCCGACCUACUUAGUCAGGGUGUAGUUGAUCCGAAUAACAUGAGUGGGAGACCGCCUAUGCAAAUGGGUUAUGCACCGCCACCUCAUUCCAACGGUAACGGAAUGCCAGGGCCAGAGUCGGGCAGUGCAGGAGGAAAUAGUGUAGGGGGAAUGGCCAAUGGCUAUGGGCCUCCGUCUCAUCUGAGCGCUUAUGCCUAUGGUCCAGGACCUGCGGCCGGUGGAUCAGAAACGCUUGCGAGACUGCAAGGGAGGAACAGUGCAUCGAGUUCGUCGGAGGACGGCUCAGCGGGUGGACAGGAAGAAGGAGGCUUGAAGCCGCCCAUUUGA